ACCCUUAGAUAUUCCCAUCUCUAACCCAUCGCCGGUUGGAUUGUUAUGGCCAAUUUCUGUUUUGUUUAUCAUCUGAAAACAGCAUCUAACUUAUUUAUUUAACACUAUACCAUCUUGAUGAUCGGUGAACGACAUAAAUCAUGAGCAAAGUGUGCGCCUUCAAUGAGAACGAGGAAGACGAAAACGAGACUGAGCAGAAAUACGCCCACCUGCUGAACUCUGAUUAUUUUGGUGGUGCCAGUCAGUCCGGCUUGGAAAGCAGCGCCGAUAAACGCAGUCGCUGCCAGUGGACCAAUGAGGAGGUGGAACUCUUCCUGGGCAGCAUUUAUCAACUCAAGUUGCAAGCCCAGGUGCAUGGGAAGCGUAAUGCGAAGGUCUUUAAGGUGAUUGCCAAGGAGAUGGCCAAAAAAGGCUAUUCCAAGAGCGCCCAGCAGCUGCAAACAAAGUACCAUCAGCUGAGGAGACAGUAUGUGAGGGCCAGGAAUGGUGGUGAGCCCUUCGAGCACUUCGAAGCUCUGCACGAGCUGUUCCAGGCCAGUGGAGCCUCAGACUUGGAGCCGGAGCCGGACAGUGAUAGUGAGGCGGAGAUAGACGAUGAUAUGACUGGCCUAGGCUCUGAAACUGAAGGGGAGGAUACCUUGGAUGCCUCUUCCUCUACAAUGCACAACAAUGCCCGCUGCAAGUGGACCGAGGGCGAGGUGGAUAUGCUGCUCGAUCUCAUCAACACAAUGGGCCUGCGAAGAGCUCUUUUGAGCAAACGAAAUGCCAAAGUGUUUAGAGCGCUGGCCAGAGAAAUGGCCAAGCGAAACUGCAACAAGGGCCCCGACAAGUUGCGCAUCAAGUUCCAGCUACUGCGGCGAAUGUACAACAAGGUGAAGAAUGGCACAGGUGAGACCUUUGAGCAUUUCGAGGCCAUGCGUCAAGUGCUGGAUCCCACACCCGAAGAAGCUGCCACAGGCGAAGCGGAUGCCAGUCUAAGUACUGCCAGCGAAACCGAAUUUAAUGAUAGCGAGGAGGACGAUGGAGAUCCCUCACAAAGAGGAGCAGCUCACUUUUGGUCGGACGAGGAGGUGGAUGCUUUUCUAUUGGUUAUUAGGGACAAUGGCUUCUUUCGGGCCUUGGAUGGCUCGAGGAAACGAAACUUUCAGACUCUGGUGCACAUCUCAAAUAUCCUGGCCAAGCAAUCCUUUAAAAGAACUCCCCACCAGCUGAGGAACAAGCUGAGAAUGCUGCUGAAGCGACAUCGCGAGGCCAAAGAGCAUGGCUUGGAGAAUGUUCGCAUCCUGCCCCGCCACUUCGAGCUCUUCGACGAACUCAUCAAGACACCGCACGAAAGCUCAAAGAGUGCCAUCCAAAGACCCACCCGUCCAAUGAAAUCCUACUGCUCGAAGCCUCCGCGACCAAAGGCACCUCCCGAGACGGAGAGUGACAACUCCAGCUCCACCUGUGAUCUUCUGAGGGCUGCCGGCGAAAGCGAAGAUUACGAAGAUGCACUGGAUGGAGGUGAAGCAGAGCAGCCCACGCCCAUGGAGGCCCUAACCGCCAUUAUGGAGGGUCAAAAGAAACUCCUGAAUCUGAUCAAGACGACCAACGAGAGCUUCCUGAGGGAACAACGCGAACAGCAACAGCAAUUCCUGGAACAAGUGUCCGAGCUGAUGCGCCGCGACCGAGAGGAGACUCUUCGCAGAAUUAAGGAAAUAAUGCCACCCAAGUAAUAGAAUAACUUAAGACUCAAGCUUCUAAAACUUUUAUUGAAUUGAAUUCGAAGUUAUUGCAAAAAGUUGUCAUUAUUUAUAGAUAGUAUAUAUGUAUGUAUUCUAUAUUCA